AUGGCAAAUAUCAUUGGUAGCUUCAUUGAUUCAAUGUUAAAUUACAUGUUAUGUUUAAUAAUUCACGAUGUAGGAAUGACAGCAACGCCACAUUUCAUAUUUGCAGCAAUGACGAAAUUACAACAUCAUGCAGCAGCAACUGCAACAAAUUUACAUCCAAAUUCAACAACAAUUUCAUCGAAAGAAAUCACAAUGGAAGAUCGUAAUUCCGGUUUAUGUACGGAACAAUCGAUUACGGAAUUGGAAACAUCGCCGUUGAGUACAUGUCGUUCAGCGUCAUCCUCAUUGUUGCAACAUGAUAAUUCGGUAUCAUUUGAGAAGGUAGUUGCAUCAAAUUAUCACAUGAUAACCAAUCAUCUUAGUGAUACCAAUAAUGCUUAUAUUAACAAUGUGAAACGACGAAGGAAACCAGAUG